AUGCGACGGUGUCAAGGGUCGUAUGAAUUAAUGGGAUUUGGUACAGGGACGGGCGAAUGGUUCGGUUUUCUCCGCAGCAGAUUCCAGAAAGGUACGCGGAUCGUACCAUGUACCCUCCCCAUCAGUCAGACUACUGGCGAAGUGCAAAUCCCUUGCGAUAUCUCCAGGAAACCACGCCGGGACCUGCAGUGCCAUCCUCAACUGAGCAUUGCUGAGGCGAUCACCGACCACCCUUUAGGCUACCAGUCUGCUUUAAAUAGUUACAUAUUGUUCAUGCGGGGGCUGGUCGAGGAAAUUUUGAAGAAGGGAAAGGCUCGAGAGUUUCUUAAGAUGUGA